AUGCCGCCCCGCCCUGCAAUAGCGCGAGGAACGGGGUCACAGCGCACGCCCAGAGAUGCCAACAAAUCGACUGGCGAGGAAGCCAGAGGCGUCGCGGGUCAAUCGUCGUCUCUGAAGCUGGACACCCCUCCGAAGUCGCUGCCCUUGUCCUUAUCGCUGAGCUCGGGUGAGUCGGGAGACAACACGAGCCUGGGCGAAAACUCCCUGAAUUUAAGCUACGCCUCGAUUCCGACGGACAGCGACCCUUCCCUCGAGAAGUCGGCCGAGAGGCUCUACGGAAAGACGACGACUGGCACCUCGAGGUCGACCUUGGCAUCACAGUCGAGGUCAUCAUUCCCGGAUAAGUCACCUGGCCUGGCCCGGGCCGGCAGUAACAGACUUACCUCAUCAGUGUCACGUCUCUCCCCGGCUAGACGUAACGCCAACGACGUCACGAGGGCCAGCGACUCGAAAUUGGACCGAACUCUGAGUGCCAGUUCGUCCCACAUCACCGCCAAGGCUUCUGUCACUCGCACCCUUUCGGGACCGAAGAGCUCCCUGGCGUCUGCAGACAGUGCCAGCAGGGCGAGAAUCGUCAGGAGGGUCAUGAGUGGCAGUCGAACGAACCUGAGCAAAAAGAAAUCGACGUCGAAGACGUCCCUGGUCGUGGGGCGCCAUAAUCUCUACAACAGAAACAAAUCGGGUUCGAAGAAUUCGCUGCUCGGAUCUCGUAACAACCUAUUCCGGGCCAGUCUGGACUCGCAGAAGACGGAAAGCACCACCGAUUCCGGUUGCAAUUCGCCUCUCUACGGGAGUCAGUGUUCGCUGGACGGCGACCGGAAGAGACAGAGUUCCUCCCCGUGCCCCCCCAGCCUGCGCAAACAGUCGGGGGGCUCGAGUUCCUUCAUCUCCAGAAUGUCCAGAUCAGACGCGAAGCCGAAGACCAAAGAAAGAAGCAAAUCGAAGGAGAACGUCAAACGGGAGUCGGCCACGCCCACUCGAUCACCUGUCAGGACACCCGAUACGACGACGACACCUGUAGCCGUGACCCCAGAACCAGAAACGGCGACCGCAAAGACAGAACCCGAUUCCGUCGACGAUGAUAUGGGCACUGAUACGGGUAUGGGGACUUCAGUCGAAGAGACGAAGGGGUGCGAGGCGGACAGUACCUUCCCUACUGUAGCAGGAGCCACAGUUCCCAAACUCCAGGUGAAGAUCGUCCACGCCCACACAGAUAACAGUGCGAGUCAACUAUAUGAAAACAUGGGGAAACCAACGACGUCUUUUGAGAACAUAAACAAACCGGUCACACCUAUCAAGAGGUCUUGUAGCCUUCAGCUCUCCCGGGACUCGGAUCCUGCCGCCAUCAGGAGGAGAUUCUACGAGAUGAGAGCGAAGAGCCUCUCCCAAUCUACCUGCGACGGAUACCUGAGUGACUUGGGCAAAGAGAACAUCAUACCCCUUCCCGAAGUAGGAGCAGGAGCAGGAGGGGGAGGGGGAGGAGGGGGAAUCAGCGUGUCUUUCCGAUCUGUCACUUCGCCAGUCCGCCGCCCUUCGGUGAAUAUCAUUCCUAAUUGUAUCGUUUCCCCUGAAAACGACGAAAGGGGGAGUGGGUCGAGGGAAAAGAGAGAAGUGACGAAGGUUGUCAUCGUUCCCGAGGUAAAGACGAAGGAAGAAAAAGGGAUACAGGUUGAGGCAUCCAGCAGCGAAGAUGAAGAAGAAGAAGAAGAAGAGGAAGAGGAGGAAUUAGAGGAAAAUGAUGAGGGAGCAGAAGAAGAGAGAGAGGGCGUUUAUUCGGAAGCGAGUCGGGACCAUUAG